AUGUCACUCCUCUACCUGAGAGAGAUCUGCCGCAAGAUGAGGAGCAUCAAACAGACAGAGCUGGAGCCCUUGGUGAGACGAGCCAAUCAGAUUAAAACAGAAGUCACACAGGGAGGGAGGAAGCCCUGUAAGGAUGUGAUAGAUGUCAGCUGGGGAGACAAACACAGAGGAGGGGUCCAACCCUUGACCUUCGUCCGACAGGUUCUUGCAGCCUGCCUCUACCCUCAGUUGGCCCACAGUUACAAACUGCCAGACGACGUUAGACAGAGGGUCCAAAGCCUGCUGGGAGCAUGUGAUGGGGGGAGUGUAGGCUCAUACACACCCACUGGUGGUAUCUCUUAUAUACAGUGCAGUGUGUCUAACUUCAUCUCUCGACGAGAUGGUGGUGUACCAUCGUCCCCCGAGAAUAUCUUCAUGACCUCUGGCUCUCAAAGGUCAAUAAUGCAAGUGUUGAAGAUGCUGGCUGACUUCCAUAAUCAGGCCUCACUUCCGACAGGUGUGCUGACCGCUGUGCCCACCUACUCUUCCUUCAAAAUGAUGUUGCAAACGCUCGGUGCAACCGUUGUUCCCUACUACCUAGAUGAGGAGCAGGGUUGGGCAAUGGAGGUGGAGGAGCUACGCAGAGCACUACAGGCUUCUAAGGGUAUCUGCAACACAGUUGCCCUGUAUGUCAUCAACCCGGGGAAUCCUACAGGUCAUGUUCAGAGCAGGAAGUGUAUUGAAGAGGUGUUCCGAUUCGCUGCUGAGGAGAGGCUCUUCCUCAUGGCUGAUGAGGUGUAUCAGGAAAGUGUGUUCGGGGAGGGCAGUGAGUUUGUCUCCUAUAAGAAGGUUCUGUCUGAGAUGGGGCCUCCUCUCUCUCACACAGUGGAGCUGGCCUCUUUCCACUCAGCAUCCAAAGGCUUCAUGGGAGAGUGA